CCGCUCAGAAAAGCUGCAAUCGGUUGACGACUCCGUCACGUCGAUUGAGAUAGAGAGAUCCCGACACGGGUCGUCACAUAAACUUCUCUGAAUCAUUCCUUCUUGAUACCUCCCGGAAGGCCAAAUUGAUACACUCCAACGAAAAUGAAAAUCACUACCAUGCUCUCUGCUGCUCUUCUUUCAUCUGCUUCGGCAUUCGCUCCUAAAGCUGGUACCCGUGCCUUUUCUCGUGCCACUUCAGUUUUGAUGGCCAACCCUAAGGUUUUCUUUGACAUGGAAGUUGGCGGAGAAGAUAUUGGACGAAUCACCUUCGAAUUGCGCGAAGAUGUCGCUCCCAAGACUGUUGAAAAUUUCCGUGCUUUGUGCACUGGAGAAAAGGGAUUUGGUUACGAAGGGUCUACUUUCCACCGAGUUAUUCCUGGCUUUAUGUGCCAAGGAGGCGAUUUCACCAAUUUUAAUGGAACCGGAGGAAAAUGUACGUGCAUUGAUGGUUUUGAAAAGAGGUAACGCAGUAUUUAAAUUUGCAGAAAUUCUUUUUUUCUGUUUGAGAAGGUAUCUAAUCAUCUUUGUUGCUGUGCCACAUUUUAAACCCUCUUUUUUCUGUGUCAAAUAUUGUCUUCCAGCCAUCUAUGGUGAAAAGUUCGAGGGUGAGUUUGCAAAUCGAGUGCUCUUUUCUCUUCUAUCUUUCUUGAUUUCGAGGUGUGGAUCUUAUCUUACGCUUUUCUUUCCUUUGUUUUGUCAUAGAUGAAAACUUCGAUUUGCCUCACGUGGGAAAAGGUAUUCUGUAUGUGUAACUAUUGAAAUUGGCUGAGUCCUUGCAUCGUAUUCUUUUCCUGGUUCAAUAAAUACGCAAGAUUCCAAUUUUCUCACUUAUUUCACCUGGAUUUACCCCACGUCAAUGAUUAGUUCCAUGGCCAACGCAGGUCCUAAUACGAACGGAUCGCAGUUCUUCAUCUGCACUGUCGACACUCCUUGGCUGGGUACGUAAGCUCUCUGUUUUGAAAAUAAUUUAGAGGAACGAAGCGAGAGAGAUCCAUACCGAAAACUUUAUUCCUUGCUUUCAUAACUUAUUGAUUCUAUUCUUUGUUUCUCUCCGUCGUGUACUCCUCUUCCAUUUGAAAAAAGACGGAAAACACGUUGGUACGUACAAUACAACAUAACAAAAUAUUUGAUAAGUGUACAAAAAGCAAGAUUGGACACAUGUGAUAGAUAAAUUGAGUUCCUUAUCAUUGUUCUUUUCUCUCUUCUCUCUUUUCCGUAACCCGAAAGUCUUCGGCCAGGUUGUUGGUAAGCUGAAUUUCUUCAACUACUUGAAUCGCAGUGCAUGAAAUCAUUUGCGAACCUUCUUUCUAACUUCUUUUUUCCUUAAAUUUAACCCCAUAGAUGGACUUGAUGUUGUGGACAAAAUCGAAGCCGUUGGUUCCCAAUCCGGUCAGACCGCCCAAAAAGUGGUUGUCAAGGCAAGUGGAGAGCUCGAGUAAUUGAGUUCAUCAGCCCACAUGUACUAAGCGGCUCCUAAUAGUCUUCUGAUUGACAUUUUGAAGAAUUUUCCCAUGAAAGAAAAAACUGGUUGAAAAUUAGAAUGGAGCAAUAAAAAAUUAUAAAACUAAUUUUCUUCUUGGCGGGACAAACAUGUUUUUGUGUCGAUUAUUUUAUUCUGCUUUCACACGUAUCUGCUGAAAGAAUCCAAGUGUACGGUAUGAGGAUUGUUUUAGGAUGCUGUAGCUGACUAUCAUCUUGGUAAAAGAUACGACUUACAGAAUGCGAUCUUUUCGUACAUCUAGUAUCAAAAACUACCAGUGAACCGUAUUCAAAUCUUGGAAAUAACUUCUGCAUAAUCUGUUCUAUUAAAUUACGAAAACAAAAAGAAAUAUAAAAUUAUCAAAAAUCCUCUGUGUCAAAGAUAGGUCCCAAAACGUCUGACAGCGGGUAAAAGACCCGCUCUUCCUUCGACGCCUUUCAUACUACAAUGACCAGAGGACGGAAAAAUCGAUAUGGAAUGAAUCAGCGCCAUCAGCGACGGGCUUGCUUUGAAAGGUUCAACCAUCAUUUGUACAUUGAGCCGAAUCCACAGAAGAUGUUCGAGGUAAGUAACGUGUAUGAUCUACAAUCACUUUCGAUGACACAGGAGAUGGGUUCUCGAAAGCCACACCCGACGAGUUCGAGGAUUUCUCUAACGCGUCCGAGAUUGAUUGCUCAGGUAUAGGAUCUGAUUGAGUAGAGGAGACGGUAUUACCCCCAUGAAAGUCCAAAGAAACACAACUUUCGAGUUUGGUUGGCGGUGGGAUAGGUUUGUAUAAUCCAAUGCUCUGUGAUGGAGUGAGCGUAGGUAACAUUGGCGUCACAGGAGAGAGGGCGCCUUUUGGCUUGAUGUGAUCGUUCGUCGUAGUAUUCACUCCGGACAAAGAGUACGUAGCCUUUAGACAAACCCAGUCCUUGACGAUAAGCUUGGCAAGUUCCUUACCGUCACGGCGACUGUCCCUGAAGUAUGAACUGAAGCUCUUUUUCAAAAUUUGAAUAAUAUCAUUUUCUCUCGGAGUUCGUUCAUUGAAUGGGCGCAGGAGCAACAUCCGGAAAGAAAAAAAGUAAGGACGUAAAGUCCUUUCGUCAGCUGAGGAAGUGAGUGGUCCUUCCGGUACGAAUGCAGUGGAGGCUGGCAUAUUAUCAUAUAAGAAGGAUGCUAGGUCGCGGUCUUCUGUGGUCAUAUCAUUAUCGUAUGACACCGUUCUUGCAGACUUCUGCGUUGGAUUAGUUUGCAUGUAAUUGAUUGUUUGCAAUCCUUUCUUUUGUGACACUCCAUUCGAGCUGUGAUCUAUGCACACCAUGGAAAUUUGCGCAGAGUCUUUCUUGUUUGGGACUUCGCAUGAUGGCUUGGUCUCGUAUUUGAUCGACUUGACGAUCGUUUCAUUGACAGGUUGAGUUUUUUCGCGAGCCGAAUUUGAAAAAAUACUUGAUUCAUUUUCUGGGAUCGGUACCAUGCGAUUCUGUGACGAUUUAGUCGGAGCGUUCGAACCGAGAACCAAUUUCCAUUUUGGCUCUAAUGAAUAGUUUGUGAGCUCAGCUGUUAUUUCACGACAGAGAGAGGCAUCUUCAGGUACAUUCUCGCAGCUAUAAAUUAGUACAACAAUUCUUCCCACCAUGGGCGUAUUCAACGGAAUAGCAAGAGCAGUUUUUAUCCCAUACAGUUCAGCCCCUUCCACUCGACCAAAACUGUUCGAAUCUUUUUGGUGAACCUCGCACUCCCACGAUGCAACACCAGUAGAGUACACACGGCCCGGUAAUCCUUUCCCUGGUUCAAACGAGAAAUAUGAACUGAAUACUCCAAACUCGUUCAGCAUAUGAGCUAGAUCAGCAUUGACAUCUCGUCGAGAAGUGUGUCCAGCAUGAUACAGUUGAAGCUGAUCAACAUCAACCGACUUCGAAUGUCCAGCAGUAUCACCUGAUGAAAAGCUUGGAACCCAUAAGUCCACGUGAUGGAAAGGGAAAUUCUUCUUUUCUAUGUACGUGACUAUGGCACCCAAAAGCGAACUGCAGAAAUUAGAAGCGGGAGCAGAAGAUAUAGAUGUAUUGCUCUCUAUCGACACAUUCUUUUCUUUGACAUUGUCGUCUGCUGUCUCUGACGAAAGCACAUCCAACAAUUGUUCGAAAUCUUCACUAAAGGUUCUAUUGCGUCCGUUCUUGAGCCCAACCGACGAUAUACUUAUAUCAGUACUGAAAGCCCUUUGUCGUGAAGUAAGGACCCUUGCGUCAUCGAGGCUACUAUUUAGCACUUCGUCAUCACCCGGGGAUAUUGUCCGUGAUUUCUGAUCAUUUGAAACAAUGGAGACAUGAGAAAUUGAAGAAUUGGUGCCAAGAUCAUUUGUUGUUGGUUGGCUUUUUGAGUGGUCUACUUUCAUGAAGUCAAACAUAGUGUUUUUCGUGGCAUAGGUAAGGGUUGGAUUUUCGAAUUGAGAACUCAGACCCAUUUUUCGACGACGCAGUCUCCGGACAACCUCCUCCGCCUUCGUUGCUCUCUUCUCCAGUUCUUGUAGACUCGCAUUCCAUGCCUUUUCCUGUACAUGAGAGUAACCAAUUUGUAGGCACACGUUAUAAAAAUGCGUUCUCCAUUGUUUUGUCAGGUUCAGUUUGAGGGUGAGACGAGUGGAGUCUGAAGAUAUCGAUGACAAAAAAUUUUCUUGAAGAAAUGACAGUUGCUCACGAUCUCUUGUGCUAAACUGCGUGGAAGGAUUUCCUAACACAAAAGUUCUAGUGCUCAGUUUCGCGUUCUUCAUCUUUUUAGUCAGACGGCUUGACUUACAAAGCAAAACAUCGCCUAGGAAUUCAUUGAGCUUGAUUCCAUGGGGAAGCGGCAAUAAGCCUUGGUCAAAUGUAGAUACGAGAAAGUCGACAAGAGCGCUCUCUUCUUUUGUCCAACGUCCUGUGCGCUGCUGACCUCUAGACAGACCACUGCAUGAAAUAGAAGAUUUUCCGUUUGAUAAAAGAAGAUAAGGGCUUUCAGCUUCAAUCUCUAUAUCUUCAUCGCGAGCAUGUUUUCUACUUUGUUGUUUCGGUUGUGAACUAUAACGACUUGCGUUCGUCCCUUGCGAUGAGAUUUCGUUCUUUUUCAGCGCUAUAGCACGUUCCACGUCGUUGAAACAAAGUGGUUCGAUGAAAAUUCCAUUCACAGUACCAGAACAUAUGAAGCAUCGAGAGUGUGUCGCAUCGUUGGCAGUAGGAAGGAUUGACACGCCAUGCUGUUUUGUGCCGUCAUUCGUGUCCAUAAUCAGGCUCAAGGGAAGACAUCGCUAUGAUUUUUUGAAAAAUACGUUAGACGAGAGGGAUAACAACCAAAGCAGGUACAAAAAUUCCAGGUUAGAAAAAAUCGAAGGAGAACAAAUAAUUCUGAAAUACUUAA